AUGGGUGGGAACGUGUCUAAGAGUUUUCGAGAGCAGACGACGUCGAUGGUGGCAGACGUAUUUGUCAGUACAACAACCGACAUUUCCAAUUCCACCAACAGUUCCAAUAUAUCACUACAAACCAUCAGGUUCGCUGGUACGUGUGGUGGGGAUUUUACCAGCCAGCAGACGUCCACCAAAACGUCCAAGACCGUGCCGACGGUGACGAAUAAUGUAUCCAAUGAAGUCGCCAACAAGAUUGAGUCAUCGCUUAUUGACAACUUUAAAAAGAUACUAGACCAGUCCCAAGACGGCAUUAGUACAAGUACUAACAAAUCCGUGGUUAUCGACGUGGUGAGUCAGUCGAUCAGGUCCAACACACAGGCGAUACACCGGACGGUGAUUGAUAACAAUUUAAAGUCAAGCAACGUCAACAAUCAGACCGUCGAUUUUGUGGAUGAGGUGGCGGGCAAUUGUCAUUUUGACCAGAACUCGAUCCUCGAUUCACUCUCUGAACAGUUUGCAACUACGCUGGUGCAGACGGUCCUCGACGCUCUAAACGUGUCGACGGUCGACAAAGUCACAGACAUAGAUGAGACACAGGAAAACAAGGGCCUGUUUAAUACGACGAUGCUAAUAAUGCUGACCAUCAUUGCGGGUGUGAUUUUGGCUAUUGUCGUGGUGUUUAAGUUUUUCUGA